AUGAGCUCGCCACCGCCACCCGACUUCCUUCUUCCUCCAGAGUCGCCGCGCCGAAACCAACGUAACAGAGGCGACGACCUUGGCUUCACACCCAAUGACAGUCAGAGUCAAGGCGCAAGCUCAAGCAAGAGUAACGGGUGGCACAAGGCGUCUGUGCAUGACGCAAGCAACGCGGAUGGAGAUGGGACACCACCAGGAGGAAGGGUGUCCAUGUACGUCAAGCUCUUUACAGAAAUGAUCACGACUGUCCUCGAAUCUGAAGCAUACCUUUUCACGCCCUCAGAGCUCUGGAUACUGCGGCACAUUCUCGAGCUGCCUUACGAACCCCAAUACCUUCUUACACGUCUUCUCCUCCGCCGACCGGGAAAGGUCCAUUCACUCUCCAUUAUCACCCAGGCAUACUCGUCCGAGCUCGGCGACGCGGGUGUGGCGCGUGCCAGUCAAGUUCUUGCCCGUGCUCUCAAUAUCCCAGAGGAUGUCCUUGCCGCCGACCCGUCCCCGCCCCUUGCCAUUGUCAGCCCACCACCCGAGCUCUCAAGGAGUUCAAGUUCGAACGGCAAGAGAAAGGAGAAGGAAAGCAGCCAGAAGAGCUUGCCUCGCAAGCCAAAGCCAUGGGCGGACUUGCCAUCUGGCCUCACCGAAGCAGAGGAGAAGACGGACCCCGACCUCGCAGAAGCCCUUCGGGCCAGCCUGUGGCACGAGGAGAACCCGUACUGGGUUGACGACGACGACCAUGUCAAUGGGGAAGGCUCCUCUAUGGCUUUGGCUGUGGAUGUCGACUCAUCGCCAUCUAGCGAAACAUCGCCCAGUACACCGCCAGACCCCGUGGACCAGUUCUCUCUCCUUCCUCGGCACGCCCAUCCAAUUACCCAUCUGGCUCACGGCAAUGGCCAGCUUAACCUCGACGACUUCAUGUCCUGUGUACCGGCCGACGAGCUGAGAAAGGUGGCUCGUUCGCGCAAGAUCCCGUUAUCAGCUCUUGUGUCGCGCGAGUCGACGAUGAAGGCUCUGCGCGACGUCGCCAGACGCCAGACGACGCUCUCGUUUGCGCCCGUCGUAAAGGGAAAGGGCAAAGGAAAGGCCAAGGACACGCCACUCUCCUUGUCGUCCAACACUACCUCGGAGCACUUGGUCAUCAAGGACAUUCUCCCCUUGCUCGGCGGUGCGGCCAUCAAGCUCGACGACGAGCUGUACCGCCUCAUCGCGCGCGUCAACCUCAUCUUCUCCCGCACACCGCCAGCUACGGCUGGACAGCCAGCCCUCCUCCUCCCGCCCAUCCUAGUCACCUCGCACCGACGCUACUAUCCCGACUAUGGCUCGCCAACGAGGAGCACGAUAUGGACCACCCGCGACGAGAUCAUGGUCUGGGAACGUGCCGUCGGUUACGAGGCUAUCGUGAGCGACGCAUUGGGCGACGUUUGGCUACAACAGCGCAAUGGUGGUGGACCAGCGGGUUGGGGCGCUGGAUCCCGUGGACAACCUCUCUCACGCGUCGAGUGUGCCAAGAUCGUACGUGAUGUGUGGGAGAACGUCUGGCCCAUCUGGAAGACCAUGGUGGCCACUGCCGGCACCGAAACGUCAACUGGCGGUAUCGCCAACGACCGUUUCCGCACCGAACAUGUCCUCACCCGUGUCGUCUACAAGGGUGCCGAAGCAUUUGGUGUGCUGCACGAAUACGACAUCGAGUGCGAGGUGCUCCGAGCACUCCUUGCCCAACGACGCUGGCGCCGCGGAAAGAGAGGCGCGUGGUAUGACCGUCUCGCCUUGGUCCUCAUGACGCACUACAAGGGCACGGAGGCGCAACGUACCGCCAAGUUUGAAGAGGCCACACAGGUGUGCAUAGAUGCCCUGCUCGACGAGGACACACACCUCAUCUAUCGCCCUGGUAUAUCACGGCGCCUCACUCGGCUGGAGAACAAGCUCAACCUCCCGUCUGACGAACGGCACAUCUGCCAUGCCGGUCUAGUCACCUGCGAGACACGCGAGCUCGUCGCAGUGCGUUCACUGCAGAACAUUGGACAGUCGCGCCAGCGCCAAGCCAGCCCGCAAAAGGACAAGGACCGUGAAGCGAGUCUGGGUCUCGACGACGAAGCGCCGUCAGCAGCGCCACAGGUCGGCAAGAGCGCCUGGAUUGGACGCGAUGGCGAAGUGACUGUCGAGGGAUGGGUGUUGGAGUGGUGGGAGGAGCAGGGCUAUGAAGGGUAUCACGCAGAGUCCUCCAUCCUCACAACACUGUUCGCGCUCCUCAUGUGGCCAGUCCUCUUCGAGCCCGUCCCAGGCGCGUUCGAAACUCGGUACCAAACGGCUCCCCUUGACUUGGGUGAAGACAGCUUUGCUCGCGCUCGCACCACUCUCAUCGAUCAACGCCUCCAGCAGAUGGAGUCGACCGAGGCUGCCCUCGAAAUGCUCCGCGAGACUGACCGCCGUGAACGUCCUCGCGGCACCUGGGCCGUCGGCGUGCGAUGGGACUUUGGCGACCGCGAGCUGGAGCAGAUCCUCGCGUGUAUGGGCGGAAGGGCCAUGGCUACCAUCUGCCGCAUGCUGUGUGAGGAGUACAGGCACCGCGCGAGUGGCGUGCCAGACCUGAUCGUUUGGAACUUUGAGAAGCGCGAGGUGCGGUUCGUCGAGGUCAAGGGUCCUGGAGAUACGCUCUCCGAAACUCAAAAGAUCUGGAUUGAUGUCCUGAUUGCAGCUGGGGUUCCCGUCGAGGUCUGCCGCGUCAAGGCCAAGGAAGACGACGACGCUCAGGCGAUCAAGGCCAACAGCAAGCUCAAGCGCAAAAGGUCACAGCAGCAACCCAAGCGCACGAUAUCACGUGUUUCGCCAGAGGUGGUGGUGGUCGAUGACAGCGACGACGAGGACGAGGAUGAGGAUGAGUUCAAGCAUGAGUCGGGAGACGAAGGGAAACCUGCUGGACACUGGGAGACGCGUGCGUCGGACAAGAAGCGCACUCGCCGUAGCAUGUAG